AUUGCUCUGAUGCAUUAUUCGCGUCACCACGUGCUUGUGCCACCAUCGGUGCUCUCUGCCAGCAACAGUGCGAUGUUCGUAGCCGGCGAGCAGCAGGACAGCUCGGAGUACUUGGGAUACUUGCUCAACUCGUUGAGCGAUGCCGAGAAAGCCAAGGGAUGUGUGCCUGCAUGUGAUGAUCAACUGAAUCUAACCAUUGCUGAUAAAUCAUUUUCGGGACAGCUGACAAAUAUUUACAAGUGCCUUGUUUGCUCCCACGAGAGUCGCAUUCCCAAUAAGUUCCGCGAGCUGCAGCUCGCCUUUCCUGAGUGCACUGGCAAUCCUAAGAUAAGCUUUACUGUGCAGAAUCUGAUCGAGCAUAACAGCUUGCCCGAAAUUCUCGAUGGGGAUAAUAAAUACGCAUGCCCCACGUGUGCCACUUAUUGCAAAGGUGAGCAUCACAUGAAGAUCACACAAGGACCGCGCAACCUCAUUAUCACUAUCAAACGCUUCGGUUACGACAGAGCAACCAAUCAGCCUACUAAGCUCAUGCAUAAGGUGUAUCACAAUAACUCGAUAUCAUUGGAGCAAUAUGACAACGCAAUGCAGCAAUUCACCAUCCUGCUAUAUCGACUUUACGCUAUUGUAAUACACGUCGGUAGUUCCCUUGACUCUGGACAUUAUUAUGUACUAGCCCGGGAUGCGGAGCACAGGUGGAUCAAGUUUAACGACAGCGAAGUGUCUUACGUGAAGUCCUCGGAAGUUCGACAUUUGCGUUCCCAGAAUUCAGCACAUAUGCUUCUUUAUACUUUGAACGAGGAAGUGGACAUGGUAGCGGAGGAGGAUAAGGAAAAUGCGGUACCAAUGUCACAUAUGGCACCGCUUACCCUGGAGGAGCUGCCGGCUAAGCUACGCAAAUUCCUCAAGCGAAACUUGGGAAACGAACCGCCAAAUCAGACAACACAAUAA